CUCCGGAGCGCAAGGGAGGGAAGGAGAGCGCGAGGCCUCCUCCUCCUCCGGGCGCCAUGGAAACGCCGAGGCCGGAGACGCCGAGGCCUGAGGCCCCUCCGACGACGGCAGCCGCGGCCGCCAUGGCUUCUCCGACGCCGCUGCCUUCUCCCGCCUUCCUGGCCUUCACGGGCUCCUGCGAGCAGGACGUGACGCUGGCCAAGUCCUUCUGGAACUCCGUCACCCUCCAGCCGCCGCUCGAGUCCCGCCUGGGGCCGCGAAGGGACUCGGCCAGCUGCUCCAGCUCCAGGAAGGGCUCCCGGGCGGAGGCGCCGAGCGGCACCAGCCUGCAAAUUCCCCGCUCCCCCGACAACAAAAAAGAAGAUGACAAAAGCACAGAAAAUAGUGUUGCUGGGGAAAGUGAUUUGAAGGAACAGUAUAUUAAGAAGAGCAAGAAGAGAGAAGAAAUAAUAGCAUUACUGAAGAAACAAAGGGAAGAGAGGAUUGCGAAAGAAAUGAUAUCUGAUCCAUAUAAGCCAAAGAUCAGACCUCGUGAAAGCGAAAUUAAAAAAAAGGUACCAGAUUCCGACCUUGAGGAUAAAGAAAGUGUAAGUGCUUUACCUUGAGCGUUUUGGUCAACGUGAACAACUUGGAGAGCGAUGUCUUUGUCCAUUCGGAAAUCCUGUCCUGUUCUUCAUCGUAUUCUGCCUUGGGCUCUUCGGAUGCUGAGCCCUUGAGGGGUUCCCUGGUUAACUUUCUUCCUAAAGAGUUUGAGAAGAGUGCCCUAUGUCAGAAGCUAAUAGAUUCUUCAAUUUGGCUAGUAAAUUUAUUAGUUUGUCAUGCCAGGCAACAAGGCAUGGUUAAAAAUGCUAAAUACAAUAAACAGGCUUUGAAACACCAGCUUGUAUUGUGCAUGUUGAAAAGUUAAUCUUUCAGUGGUCUCAGGAGUGAUAUUUCUAUCAUUUUCUGGUUUGGUAGAGGCCAUUCCCCCAAGAUUCAAACCCAGAUAUGAUGUUUCUCUGUGACAAAAAUUGUGAUCAGGAACAUGUAAUGUACAUUUUUAAGAAAAUGUCUCUCCACAGAAACAUGUCCACUGAAAUAAAAUACUCUAGUUUUCAGGGUUU